AUGGCUCACCGACUUGCUCCUACCGCUACACCAGCAUGGGCUUCCAGCUCUCAGUACACGCCUUCCGAGGUAGACCCUCAAGAUGAAACGUGGGAUGACUGGGACUAUGACGAUGCCGAAUCCCAGUGUUUGUUCUGCACAAAGACAUUUGCAUUACCCGAAGAAGCAUUUUCUCACUGUGCCGAGACGCACGGUUUUGACUUUUUGGGCGUAAAACGAUCACUCGGACUCGAGUUUUAUGACUGCAUUCGUAUGAUCAACUAUAUUCGAAAAGAGGUGCAAAUGCGCCCCGAAUUGGCCUCCGUCACCGAUUAUACUCUGCACAACAAACAAGCUUUUGCUGACAAGGACGAGUUGCUGCAACCCGUAUUAGAGAGUGAUUCUUUACUUCAUGCUUUUGAGGAAUUGGAGAUUGCCGAUGAAGAAUUUGAGAGCAACGUCGCCGCCCGCGUUCCUACGCCAGAACAACAACAACAACAACCUCACCAAGUUGACGUAUCCCAUGUUGAACCGACGACCAUGUUGGAGCAGCAAUUGCUACAACUGUUGAAAGCCACAAAAGACGAAGUACAGAACUUGGAGGGGCAAUUCACGGAGUACAAAGCCAUGGUGAAAAAGACAUUUUAUGACAAUGUAGCCGACGAUGUGAGAAGUGAGGUCUCUGUGAAUCCCACCACUCCUGCCGAUGAGGGAAACUACUACUUCCAUGGCUAUGCGCAAAACGAUAUUCACGAGCAAAUGUUGAAGGAUAAGGCACGAACGGAGGCGUAUCGCGAUUUCAUGUAUGACAACAAGGAUGUUUUCAAGGAUAAAAUAGUGUUGGAUGUUGGCUGCGGUACCGGUAUCCUGUCCAUGUUUGCCGCGAAAGCAGGUGCCAAGCAAGUCUUUUCGGUCGACAACUCCGCCAUCAUUGAAAAAGCCAAGCUGAAUGUCAAAGAAAAUGGCUUGGAUCACAUUAUCACGCUUAUCCGAGGCAAAGUGGAAGAAAUUCAAUUACCGGUGCCUCAAGUGGAUAUCAUCAUUUCAGAGUGGAUGGGUUAUUUUCUCUUAUUCGAAGCCAUGUUGGAUUCCGUUCUCGUGGCCCGUGAUCGUUGGUUGGCGCCAAAUGGCAUCAUGGGACCCAGCCAUACGCGUAUUUUGAUGGCGGCCUUGGAUGAUGAAUCGCUCAAGGAUGACCGGGUGAAUUUCUGGGAUGAUGUGUAUGGAUUCAAAAUGUCGGCUAUGAAAGAACCGGUUUUGAAUGAGUGUAUUGUUGACUUUAUCAAAUCGUCGUCGGUGGCUUCCACUGUGGUAACACUCAAGGAUUUAUAUCUUCAAACCAUCACCAUCAAGCAACUGGACUUUGUAUCCCGCUUCGAAAUUGAGGUCACACGCGAUACCACGAUCUACGCUCUCGGUGGUUGGUUUGAUACCUGGUUCACGCGUGACGGCCAUCCUAUUCCUCUGGAUCAAGAAGCCCAGACAAAGGACGGGGAAACCUUCCUGGGCACCGGUCCCUUUAGCGAAGAUACACACUGGAAGCAAACUAUCUUUAUCCUUCAAGAGCCGAUUCCGAUGAAGCGUGGUGACAAGUUGAGCGGUGUAUUCACAUGCCACAAGGGACUUGAAAAUCCUCGCGAACUGGAAUGUGAAAUUGAAUACACCGUCGACGGCUCUGUAACGCGUGUCCAAAACUUCUUCUUGCAUUCAUAG